AUGUGGACAUCAUCUAUGGUGUUAUCAUUAGCAACUGUAUCUGCAAUUGUUGGCAUUGUUCUAGUAGGAAUUGCAGUAGUUACAGAUAGUUGGACAGAAUUUCAGGUGAAUCGGCGAGAAAUCAUCAAUGGUUUUCAAAGGGAUAAAAACCAAGACUUGAGCAUCCGCUUAAAAGAUGCUUUCAAUCAACAGUUAACUUACUUCUCACGAACGUAUGGACUUUUCCAUGUUUGUUUUCCAGAAAGUGUUCCAUCAGAUAUUGGCAGUUUUGAUAAAUUUGGCUCUCGUUGCAUUGUCAACAAAGAUUAUUUUCCAUCUGCUCCUGAACAAGAUACAUAUUCAUCUACAGAAACACUCAGAUUAUACUUGUUAAGAUCAACAGUUAUACUAUAUGUAUUUGGUAUUGUAUUGAUUGUUAUAUCCUCAACUGUUGGAAUAUUUGGUUGUUGGAGAAGAUCAUCUUCACUUGUCUCAUUAACAGCUUUAUUACUCUUAUUAUCAGUUAUGUUCCUCGCUUCCGGCAUGGUUUGUUGGCACGUUGUUAAUUAUUUAGAGCAUACCGUACUAGAAACAGCUCCUUUCUAUAAGUCGUGGGAACCAAUUCUCAAAUCAACAACUCGUUUCCAUCAUGGAUACUCUUAUGUUUCAUCAUGGAUUGGAAUAAUGUUCUUAUUGGUAUCUACUGUCUUCAUGUAUUUUGCUAAAAAAGCUAUAAAGAACGAACAUGAAAUGUUAUUGGCAGCCAAAUCGAACGCUUAUAUCAUGCCAUACGAUAAAGCCACUAUGAUGGUACCAUAUAACAUUGGAUAUAACACAUGCUCUGCAUACAGUGGAUAUCCAUAUUAUAAUCAAAAUAUGGCAAAUGGCUAUUACGGUUAUAUGACGUAUGGACGCAUGGGUGGACCAAACAAUUGGCAUCAAAAUACAUACACAUAA